UUUAAUUACUCGGUGUAUUUUACGUUUAUAGCGACGUUAAAAAGUAAUUCUAGUACUUUCACACAAAUAUAAUGUUAAAGCUAGCUGUGUUUGCCGUUCUACUGUCAUACGUCUCUGGACAAUUCGAAGCUCCACCAUGGAGUCUGCCCUGGCCUGAAUGGUCAAGGAAGCUCUCCUUCACCAGGCUCAUUGAACUCACAGCCGAAUUGAUCCAAGACACCACUUACAAGCUGAAGCACGCGGAGAAGAUCAGGGAGAUGCACAAGCACAGCAUCACAUACGAACUUGGCACCAUCGCUGCUGGGAUUCAGGAGAGAUUCUACCGGAUGCUCAAGUUCUACAGGAAAUACGCCAACAUGCACUCAUUCAUAACAAGAAGCUACCAGAUUGAGCAUAACCUCAGAGCUAUUCAGAUCUUGGAGGGAGAUUACAAUGAGAUACGGACGGAGAAGGGUAUUUACGCCGAAAUUAAGGCUCGUUAUGAAAGUACGACGACGGUCAACUUGAAGGAAUUGAUGGCACAAACGUCAUCAACCCCACCACCCCCGCCGGGCGCCAGGAAGCGAUGGUUGCCGAAACUUGAUGAUGGUUUUCCCGUUGUUCAUCACACAUAGAAACAGCUCUCUUCUUUCAAUGAAACUAAGUUUUUCGGUUA